AUGUAUGAGUUGCGGCGCGCCUGCAACCUCACUCGCCUACGCAACAUUGUGAUCGCGCCGCUUGUAGAAGAAAUCAUCUUCCGUGGCUGCAUCCUUUUCCACCUUCAACGCCGAUACGACUCUUGUGGCGCUCUUUGUCUCGGCUCUGGUCUCCUCUUCUCGAUCUCGCAUUUUCAUCAUGUGGUGGAGAAGGUUUACGCUGGUCUUGCGAUACGCGAGGCUCUCUUGGACGUUUUGGCUCAAGUGCUGAUGACCGCAAUGUUUGGUGUCUACUCAACUCUGCUUGUUCUAAGAAGCGGUCAUCUAGCAGCGGCGGUUGGAGUGCACUCGCUGUGCAACGCUAUGGGAAUGCCUGACAUUGCUGGUGAGAUGCAUUUGGCGGAGAUUCGUGAUCCCCAGCGAGGCAGACGCGUGUAUAUAGCUCUCCUCCUAAUCGGUUUUUUUGGCUGGCUCCUACUCAUUGGGCCGGCGUCAACCCUCUUCGGCCUUUCAGAUCCGAUCCGCUGUCGUCUGCCCUAG